AUGGACAGCAUCACUCCCUCGUCCGAAUCUCAGAAACCACUCAAUUCCCACCCACUGUUCGCUGCCAAGAAGAGCAAGAUUCUUGCACAACUCGCCCAAUCGGAGAACGAAUAUGCGGACAAUUCACCCAAGGGGAGCGUCGACGAGCAGAUCGUUGACUUGAUCGAUGAGAUCAAUUCUUAUGAAGGACUGGUAACAACGAGCAGUUGUGCAGGGAGAGUCGCCGUCUUUGUCGAAGGCAGUGCUGGCCAAGAGACAAAUACGAGUUCGAGGGAAGGAGCGACCCAGGAGACGCCACAACUUCUGAGAGGGAAGGAACAAGGGACUGUGAAGACGUCGCCAGGAGGCAAGGGCGGCGGCCAGUGGCUCUACGUCUCACAUGAUCCCAUCCCACGUCUCACGUCGCAAGCGACCGAUUCUCAGACGGGUGGCCCCGACCACGACCGGCAUAAGGCAGAGAGCCAGCACAAGAAUGAACCAUAUACGACUCUGUUCAAGUUGAAUUCUACCACGCACUCAGGUCCUCAAACGACGAACCCUCUAUCUAAACCAACGACAGAACCCUCCACCGCCACCCAGCUCAUUCACCUGAUAUUUUCUCCACUUAUCCUCCACAUCCACUGUGCAUCCCUGGCACAUGCCCGACCCCUGCUCUCCGCCGCCAUCAAUUCUGGCUUUCGUGAAAGUGGUGUACAGAGUCUAAGGAUUCUGGACGAUCCUGGAGCUGGCGUUAUGCUUGCAAUUCGAACAGCGGGAUUGACCUUUGAGACCGUGGUGGGUUAUUUAGGAGAAGAAGGCCUGCACAAGAUGGUGACCGAGGACUAUCUAGCCAUGUGUGCGGAUGUGGUCAAUCAACGAUUUCGGUGGAAUUCUGAACGGAAAGAGAGACUGACAAAAGAGAUCCGAAUGGCUAUGCAAAGGCAAAUGACUGAAAAUACCCGGACCCAGGGCUGGGAGGACAAGGAUGACAGAAGACGGCGAAAGAGAGAAGAAGGGUUGCAACGGCAAAAGCAGCAGCACAACACAGCCUUGGAACCGGAUCUACACGACGAAGGCGGCCACAGCAAAUCAGGACGCCGACAAAGCAACGGCGAGAGCGAGGAAUCAAUCGACCUUGAAAUGCUUCAACUCGACUAACAAACUGGGUAGCAGACAUGUCAGGAUGAUAGAAGCAACCUUUUGUGCUUACAGGGCAGCUUCACCCUUCAUUGGCCGCUGUUCUAUCCCUGUCAGAUGCGGCUUCCUGGCCCUCGCCAAAAGAGGCUCUCUCGGCUCGAUACCUCUCAUCUUCAUCGCCUGGCCUGACUUCUUCAUCUUAAAUUCCACCAACCCAGCGCCCUCGAAG